AUGGAGAUUUCUGCCCUCUCCUUGGAACGAUCUAUUCAAGGGUUCAAUGACGACGACCGCGGCUCCAGGGUGCUGCUCCUUAGGGGCUCGUGCAUGAAGACUUCUCGGCUGUCAUCGACAAGGUCAAUCCGGCUCCAGUAUGGGAGCAGCGACAACGUCGCAUCGGCGGCUCGUUCUGACAGCGGUAGUGGUCAUUUGGUGGUCUCAGAAUCUCGAUACCUCAAGACCUCAAGACUUGAUUCAUUUCCAUCCCAGCUGCUCCUCAAUCACGGUGAUAUGUACUACUGCACCGGCUGUACUGAUCCCUCCUGCUCCUCAAUCUCAUCGCUGGGCUCGUUUCCAUCCCACGACUUGAGGAGCGAUGAUAUGGCUGAAACAAGGCUGCAGAACUCAGCAGGCUUGGCCGCCCGCGCCGGCGCCGCUCCAGCUUCUUGGAAUCAUUUCCAGGCCGGACGCAUGGGCGCCGCUGCUAAUAGUAAUCCCUCCUCCAGCUCCUCCUCCUCCUUCUCGUCCUGGGACUCGUUUCCCUCCGACAUGAGCAGCGACGAGACGGUUGGCGCUGAAACGAGUCCUCGGCCCAAGAAGCGAGCAGCGUCGGCUGCGCCUCCGUACAUCAGCGUGCGCGCGCGGCCGUGGGGGCGGUUCGCCGCCGAGAUCCGUGACUCGACGCGGGGCGGCGCGCGGGUCUGGCUGGGCACCUUCGGCAGUGCGGAGGAAGCUGCGAUGGCAUAUGACCAGGCGGCGCUCUACUCGCGGGGCGCGGCCACGACGCUCAACUUCCCUCUGGAGCGCGUGCAGGAGUCGCUCUGCGUCCUCGGCGCCAUGUCUACGGGCAUGGACGGAUCGCCUGUGCUGGCGCUCAAACGGCGCCACUCCAAGAGACGGUGGCGCAACAAAGCCGAGAUAGCGAACGACGCAGCGACGGCCAGGAUGAGGAAGAACAAGACGAUGGCCAUGCAGGAGCGGCCCGUCGUGGAGCUGGAUGACCUCGGCACCGACUACCUCGACGAGCUUCUUAGGAUUACCUGUGGUAUAGCUUACUAA